AUGAGUUUUCUUCACGUAGUUGGGUUUGGUCUAAAGGUGGGGCAUCUGCUUUUGAUGCUAUGUUGCUGGAUUGUGUCUGUAAUUUCCAUGAACUGGUUCAUAAAUAGUGCAAUAAUGGACACUAAGACUGGUUUGCUUGGGGAUAGUGACAAGAUGUGGCUCAAAUGGUGGGAGAAGAUCUCAGGGAACAGUUGGAAGAUUCAGCAUCACUACUUCCAGUAUAUUGGGUCCAAGAGAGUCACGAAAGCAUGGUGGAGGAAGCUUUUGAUUACAUGGGUACUUGGUUGGACCGUUGUGUCUCUGUGGAUCUUCUGUUACAUGAGGCUACAAGUUACUGAGAAGAGGAAAGAGACCCUUGCUAGUAUGUGCGACGAAAGGGCUAGGAUGUUACAGGAUCAGUUUAAUGUGAGUAUGAAUCAUAUUCAAGCCAUGUCCAUUAUGAUCUCAACCUUCCACCAUGGCAAGAACCCAUCUGCCAUUGAUCAGAGGACUUUUGCGAGGUACACGGAAAGAACUGCUUUUGAGAGGCCCAUCACAAGUGGUGUGGCAUAUGCUGUACGGGUGCUCCACUCAGAAAGGGAACAAUUCGAGAAGCAACAAGGCUGGACUAUUAAGAGGAUGGAUACUCUCGAACAAAACCCCGUUCAUGAGGAUGAUUAUGCCCCAGAAGCCUUAGAGCCGUCCCCAAUUCGGGAAGAAUAUGCUCCUGUCAUCUUUGCACAGGAUACCAUUUCUCACGUGGUUUCACUUGAUAUGCUCUCGGGGAAGGAAGAUCGUGAGAAUGUGUUGCGUGCAAGAGAAUCAGGAAAGGGGGUUCUAACUGCUCCUUUCAGACUAGUGAAAACAAACCGUCUGGGAGUUAUAUUGACAUUUGCUGUCUACAAGACAGACCUCUCCUCAAAUGUUACGCCAAAGGAGAGGAUUCAAGCAACUGAUGGGUAUCUUGGUGGAGUAUUUGAUAUUGAAUCACUUGUGGAGAAGUUGCUUCAACAGCUUGCUAGUAAACAGACCAUCCUCGUGAAUGUGUAUGACACUACCAAUCCCUCACAUCCAAUCAGCAUGUAUGGUUCAAACGUAUCGAAUGAUGGUUUGCAGCAUGUCAGCACCCUUAAUUUUGGAGAUCCCAUCAGGAAGCAUGAGAUGCAUUGCAGGUUCAAACAAAAACCACCAUGGCCUUGGCUUGCAAUAACAACUUCUAUUGGCAUCCUCGUGAUUGCUUUACUUGUUGGAUAUAUAUUCCAUGCAACUGUGAAUCGAAUUGCCAAAGUAGAAGAUGAUUACCAUCAGAUGAUGGAGCUCAAAAAACGAGCUGAGGCUGCUGAUGUUGCCAAAUCUCAGUUCCUCGCUACCGUCUCCCAUGAGAUCAGAACCCCAAUGAAUGGUGUUCUUGGAAUGUUGGAUAUGCUCAUGGACACAGUUCUAGAUGUUACUCAACAAGAUUACGUCGGAACUGCACAGGCCAGUGGAAAAGCUCUAGUCUCACUCAUAAAUGAGGUUUUAGACCAGGCAAAGAUUCAAUCUGGUAGGCUUGAGCUUGAGGCAGUGCGGUUUGAUCUACGAGCAAUUUUGGAUGAUGUUCUGUCACUCUUUUCUGGAAAGUCUCAAGAAAAAGGAGUGGAGCUGGCAGUUUAUAUCUCAGAUCAAGUUCCUGAAAUGCUAAUUGGUGAUCCAGGAAGGUUUCGUCAAAUCAUUACCAAUCUUAUGGGUAACUCAAUCAAGUUCACAGAGAAAGGACACAUAUUUGUCACUGUUCAUCUCGUCGAGGAGGUGAUUGGUUCAAUAGAUGUUGAGACAGAAUCAUCAUCAAAGAACACAUUCAGUGGAUUCCCUGUUGCAGAUAGGCGACGCAGCUGGGAAGGAUUUAAGACUUUCAGUCGAGAGGGAUCCACUUGUCCUCUCUCAUUGUCCUCCUCUGACCUUAUCAACCUAAUUGUAUCUGUGGAGGAUACAGGAGUAGGGAUCCCUCUGGAAGCACAUUCUCGUGUUUUCACUCCUUUUAUGCAGGUGGGUCCUUCUAUCUCCCGAACACAUGGAGGCACGGGUAUUGGCCUAAGCAUAAGCAAGUGCUUAGUUGGCCUAAUGAGUGGGGAAAUUGGUUUUGUGAGCAUACCAAAGACCGGCUCUACCUUUACAUUUACUGCAGUCUUCACAAAUGGCUGCUCCAAUCCAAAUGAGUAUAAAAGCCAGCAAAUCGACAAUAAAUCCAAUCCUGCAUCCUCCGAACUUCAGGGCAUGACGGCAUUAGUUGUGGACCACAGACCUGUCCGGGCCAAGGUGUCAAGAUAUCAUAUCCAACGCCUUGGAGCUCGUGUUGAAGUAGUUUCUGAUUUGAAUCAAGUUUUGCCCAACAUAAGCAGUGGCAAAACAGUUACCAAUAUGAUCCUUGUAGAACAGGAGAUUUGGGAUAGGGAUUCAGGCAUUUCAGCUCUUUUUACUAAUAAUUUAAAGAACUUUGAUCGUGGAAUUCCACCCAAGUUGUUCCUUCUCGCUAAUUCUAUCGGUUCAUCCAGAACACAUACUGCAACUUCAAGUGCUUGCACACCUCUAAUUAUCAUGAAGCCCCUGAGAACAAGCCAGCUUUCUGCCUCAUUACAGCGAGCCAUGGGUGUAGGGAACAAGGGGAAUCCCCGUAAUGGGGAGCUCCCUGGUCUGUCUCUCUGUAAUCUUCUUCUUGGUAGAAAAAUCCUUAUUGUGGAUGACAAUAAUGUGAAUCUCAAAGUAGCGGCUGGUGCUUUGAAGAAAUAUGGAGCUGAUGUGGUCUGUGCAGACAGUGGGAAAAAGGCAAUCUCAUUGCUUAAACCACCUCACCAAUUUGAUGCCUGUUUCAUGGAUGUCCAGAUGCCGGAAAUGGAUGGGUUUGAAGCUACCAGAAAAAUUAGGUACAUGGAACACAGUAUCAAUAAUCGGAUUCAACAUGGGGAACUAUCUGUGGAAGGUUAUGCUAAUAUUUCAAAGUGGCAUGUUCCCAUUUUGGCCAUGACGGCAGAUGUGAUCCAGGCUACACAUGAGGAAUCCCUAAAAUGUGGAAUGGAUGGGUAUGUUUCAAAACCAUUUGAAGCUCAACAACUUUAUAGGGAGGUUUCACGCUUUUUGUGAUCAGCUUCAAAUGGGAAUCCAUGGUGAGAACUUCUAUUCUAAAGGCUUGCUGCUGAGGCAAGCAUGACUAGUGUUCUCGUGUGUGCUUACUAAUGCUUAAAUGGGUACAGAGUUCUUCCCAAUGGAGACAUUAGCUUUUUGGUGGCAGUGUAUAUUAGAAGCCAUGCUUGAUUGAUUGGGAUUGAGUUUUUGUUGAUUUUCUUAUGAGGCAGAUAUAGAAGACAGUUCAUUUUUCACUUGUAAAGUUCAUCUCAUUUCCAAGCUUUUCAUCAAGGAUCGGUUGUUUGAGAUUUAUCUGCUGCUAGUACAGGCUCUCUGAUAUACCUCAAAUUCAGAGAUACUAGUUGAAAAUGGUCAACGAAAUAUCCCCUAGACUUUGAUGUAUCAUAGAACAUGUGGGGUUUCGUCCUCUUCGCCGCACAAUAAUUAAAGUUUCGAUCCUUGGAAGAGUUCUCACUUCUUUGCCGGGUGUCAAUGCUUGUAUUAUAGUAAUUUAUCAGUUGAAGGAAUGAGAAUAUAGCUUCUCAGCAACGGGAGAAUGCAUCGUGUAUAUUCAGACUUCAAUAAAGAUGGUUGAUGUGUACUGAUAGAGCAUCCUUUUCUUUACAUUUUUUUUUUUUUGUCUAACAAAGAGAAAAGUUUGUUCGACUGAGGAUUGAUGUAACUACGACAUUGUAUAAAUUCCGAGUAAAGUCACAAUUCUUGCCUGAUUUGUACA